AUGGGUCAAUCGGGGUGCGCCGAGGUGGGACAGGCGGACUCGCAGAUGCUCCUGCGCAUGGGACCCCAGAGCCGCCCCUCGGCCAUACUGCUGCUGCUUGUCUUGCUGUGGCCUGGUUCGCAGGCUCCGUAUGACAGGUUCUGGAUAGACAUGGAGCGGAACGUGACAGUGGCGCCCCGAAUGUCCUUCUACAUUCCCUGCCGAGUCUACCACCCUGCAUCCUGGAAGGGGAAGCCAAAGGCGAAGGGGCCACGCAUGCCGGUCAUCUACAGUUACUGGUUCCGCGAAAGCACGAACGAGAAGAAGGACAAGCUCGUGGCCGCCAGAGAAGGCGACAGACAGGUGGCGGAGGAGGACAAGAGUCGCUUUGAAAUAAUCGGGAGCCCCGUUCAGAACGACUGCUCCCUGAUCAUCCGGAACCCCAGGAAGCAGGACGAAGGCUCUUAUUUCUACCAGCUACUCAGGAUAACUCAUAGAUACAGCUUCAAGUGGCGCCCCAUCUAUAUCCACGUGUCAGACACCUUCGUAGCCCCAGACAUCUUCCUGCCGGCGACACUGCACCCCGGCGUCCCCAGCAACCUGGUGUGCUCCGUGCCCUGGGUCACAGCGUGGGAGACAUCCCUGAUCAUCUUGUGGAAUUCGGCAGCCCUCGCCACACUGGGCCCCCGCACCAACACUUCCUCGGUGCUCACCCUCACCCCCAUGAUCAAGGACGACGGCUCCAUCCUCAGCUGCCAGGUCUACUUCCCUGAGAGCGGCCUGACUGUGCAGAAGAUAGUCAGGAUCCAAGUCAGCUGUGACCCCAACAACCCAGAACAAUGCUACAAAGCCUCAGGCCCAGAUCCGCCUCAGAGAUGCCCCCUGAAUAGCCCUGGAGAUGGACUUUGCCCGCCACAGAGGCGUGGGGACAACCGAGACCUGGGGGAAUUCGAAGUCCUGUCACCACUGCGAGCAGACUCCGAAGCCUUGCUGGACGUGAUAGAAGGAAGCCUGGUGGGAGUCACCGUCACGAUUCUGCUCGCCUCUCUGCUCUACUUCAUCUACUGCACGUGA